AUGCUUGGCUUUUUGUUGGCUGUCAAAGAAGGAAGGAAAAUGAUAAUGACACCAUAUAAUUGCAGAGUGAAAGGUACAAGAUCAAAUGUUAUAUCUUUUAGAAAUAAUAAAAUCACUACAGACUUAAGUAAAGAUUUGGAUAUCAUUAUAUAAUUACAAGAUGGAUCACAGCUUGAUUAACAGUCGUAACAUCAACACAGAUGUGUAUCAUAUUUAGUAGUUUAGUUAAAGUAGAAGUAUAAAUAUAGGGCAGAUAAACUCAUGGUUUAUUGUUCACACAGUUUCAAAAUCAAGAUAUGUACAUUGCAUGAAUUGCAUAUUUUCUCAAACUGUAGCCUUUGAAUAUGCAGAAGGUACUUUGUGCUUAAAUAGUUUAGACUAUGCUGAUUGUUGCAGACCUAUUAGAUAUCAUACUCUUAAGCUGUUUGUCAAGAGAUUUUAGACUAAAGGUUGGAAGGUUGAUACUGAACUUGGUUCAAAUCUUUACGAAUCAAAUAUUACAAACUUAAUAUUCAAUUAACAUCGCAAGUUUGGUAAUCUCACCGAAAACAUAUGCAAUGUUUAGUUUUACUUAUGA